AUGUUGCUCAGUCUUCCAUCUGAAUUAAUCAAAGCCAUCUCGGCUAAUCUCGAAACAACAGCAGAUAAGAACGCUCUCAUUCUUACAUGCCGCCGGCUCUACUGCACACUCAACGAUGACAUGUAUCGCGAUGUAGUACGAUCAGAAUCCAUGCCCAAGAAGAAUCCAGCUGGAUUAAUGCCAUGCAAUGGGCAGCAAUCAACGGACGAGAAUCCUCUAAUAUGCGCUGCGGUCGGUGAUCAUGCUGGCGCUGCCAAACUCCUCAUUGACGCAGGCGCUAAUGUCAAUGCGCACGGAGUGUCUAGCGAGCAGCCCAUCAUUGCCGCAGUGACGCAUGGACAUGUGCAUGUUGUGCGCGUUUUGCUUGCUGCGGCUGCCAAGUUGGACUCUAGGAUAAGAGGUGGGGCUUUGCUCUCGUACGCCGCCGGGAAGGGUAAUGUUGAGGUAGUCAAGUUGCUGCUGGCGCCUCGGAGUUCGAUCUCCUUGACCCAGGACGAAGUAGGUGCUGCCCUCGAAGAUGCCAUACAAAAUGGUCAUCAGGAGGUGGUGCGCUUUCUCACCCAGACCGGCAUUGACCUGGAGCGCCGUGUCAAUAAUUACCGGACUCCUCUUUUCGUGGCCUGCACAAGGGAGACAAACGACAUGGUUCGCCUACUCAUUGAUCUUGGCGCCAGCACAGAGACUCCAUAUUCUGAUGGCAAACCUCUGCUCCAUAAGGUAAUCUCAGAAGGGAGGCCGAAUUUCAACGAGACUGUGACGCUCUUGCUGGACAAAAAUGCGUCAAUCGAGGCUCGAGACAGAUCUGGCUCCACGCCAUUGAUUACAGCUGUGCUUUAUUAUUGCCUUGACACAGUCAAACUCUUGCUUUCUCGAAAUGCGGAUGUUGAGGCCCGAAAUAACGAAGGAUUCAACCCUCUUCUACUUGCGAUAUGCAAUGACUUUCACCAGGCCGUCAGGGUUCUGCUGCAUGAUGGGAAUGCAGAUGCAAGCGCUUCUUAUCCUGAUGGUGAUACUCCGCUCUGCUGUGCUGUUGUCGGGGGGCAUUUGCAGACCGUAGCAGCCCUGCUGGAGGCGUUACCUCCAGGACCAGGAAAGACAGCUUUAAUCGAUACUCCGGACCCAUAUCUCCAGACUCCCCUUUUCAUUGCGACGGAUAUUGUCAGUCUCCUGCUGAGCCAUGGGAGCAAGGCGAUGCAUAUCAAAACUCGCGCGGGCCGCACUCCAUUCUCUUUCCCGGAAGACACCGAGAGUAGACAGUCUCACCCAUUAGACCCAAGUAGCGACUUGUCCGCAAUCCGCACCUUGUUACGAGAUCCGUCAAAGGCGGCCUUUGACGCGGACAAGGUACUUGACACAUCGGCUAAUGGUAUAACUAUGCCGCAUUUUGACUCCUUACGGUGCAAUAACUGUUCGAUACCGAUCUCGAAACAUGAUGUAAGCCGUCGUUAG